GUGAACAUUAGUCGUCAAUCCGUCUCAUAAAACUAACUUUCAUAAAAUCACUAAGGAUAGGAUAUCUAUCUACACUAAAGAAAGGAUACCUACAUACUUCGGAUAUUACUUCGUAACUUUCUUUUUAAAUACAAUACAAUUUUUUUAUUUGUAUUAAAAGUUCGCAUUUAAAAUCUAUAGAACAGUUGGAUAAUCCAUCAAGGUUGGAGUUGAGUUGAGCGAGGUGUCGGUUGAGUUGAGUUGGAUACUCGUUGGAAAACACCAUCAUGAACAAGCAAAUUCUUAGAAAUGGUCAAGGUAAAGUGAACCAGCUCGGCGGCCUGUUCAUCAACGGCAGACCCCUCCCACUGAACAUUCGCCUGAAAAUUGUUGAGAUGGCCUCUCAGGGUGUGAGGCCGUGUGUCAUCAGCCGAACCCUCUGCGUGUCACACGGGUGCGUCAGUAAGAUUUUGCAGAGGUACCAAGAAACAGGAAGCAUCAGGCCCGGGGCUAUCGGGGGCAGCAAGCCCAGGGUUAAGAUGGAAGACGUCGAGAAAAAAAUUGAAGAGUACAAAAAGGAGGAUCCGAGCAUAUUUAGUUGGGAGAUCAGAGAGAGGCUAAUCAAGGAAGGCAUUUGUGACGAGAACAGUGUUCCCAGCGUCAGCUCCAUCAGCAGACUUCAAAAGCAAACAAGAACGCCACCCAACAACAACUCCAACAACAACUGCAGCAUCAACAAUAACGACAUCAGCAACAACAGCAAGAAUGAUAGCGAGAUCACCAAGGGAUUGUCUUCGGCCAGCGUUGAUGGAGACGACUCCAUGUUGUCUGACGUGGACGUCGAACCAGGCUUCAAGCUGCUGCGCAAACAGCGAAGGAGCAGGACGACAUUCGAUGCUGAACAAACGACCCAGUUGGAGAAGGCCUUCUCGAGAACGCACUACCCAGACAUCUACACAAGGGAAGAACUCGCGCAAACAUCUGGUCUCACUGAGGCACGGAUUCAGGUCUGGUUUAGCAAUCGACGAGCGAGAUGGAGAAAACAAAAUGGCGUCACCAACACGUCACGUGGUUACGAAACCCUCAUGAAAGCCGCCAUGAUGCCCAACAGCAGCUCAAACAACAACAUGAACAACAGUAGCGGCAGCAACAACAACAAUGAUGACGACGACGACAACAACAACUUCAACGACAAUCGUCAUAACUGGAUGGUCGGAGAUGUCUUGCAUUCAUAUUCAGAUAAGAACAACCUGCAAAGCCACAUCAACGGCAGCACAACUCACAAUUUCUACCAAACAAACAUACAAAAUAAUUUCCACGCAUGCCAACUCUACAACAAAGACUGCCUGCAGAACGAAUGCUCCCAAUUCUAUCCUGGUUACCUUCCCAAUUUCAGAUUGCCGACUGAUCCUGGCCCUGUUGAAAUGUAUCGACCAUUGGAUCCAUCGCAUCAACUCCACCUCCAAUCACCACCACCUCCUCCACCACCACCCCUGGCCCAGCAGGAGCCACUGACAACUCCCAACUAUUUCAAUUCGUCUUGGAACCAUCAACGGCUGUCCCCACACCCACCGUACAUCGUCAAACCCAACCCCACCUACCUCUACCAUGGGUCCUUCCACAAUUCCUUCCAACAUUCCAACAAUCCUAUGCACACAGAUUGGAAGUCAAAUAUAUUUUCGCAAACGCAGCACAACUCGUUAAACGCAGACGACAAUUUCUUCCAACAAACCCCACUUUACAGCCUCGUCUCUGGAUUUUAAGCCUACAAAAACACUUCCUAUAUAUACGUACAAAUGUUUUUGUGUGCGAACGUGUAUUUGUGCGUAUCUGUGUUGGUGCCUAUGUGUGUCUGAAAAUUUUGCAGUACAUCUUAUUAAUGAAAAUUUUUUCAUAUUGCAACCACAGAAAUAAAUUAAUAACGUAUUCAA